GACUUUCCUCUCCAUCUCCUCACUCUCCUCAAACUGGACGCACCACCUCACGCUCCGGGAAUGGGAUCUGUACUUGGUUCAAAGAAAAACUUCCAGUUCUUUCGAGUUUACGCUCUGCAGAAGUUACUUUUCAAACUGCAGGGAUAGUUGUUACUGCAGGGUGUCCGCAGCAAAGAAGAGCCGCUGGCCAAUGAUCUCCAAGACGCACCAGGCGUUCUCUGACUGUCAGGGAGAGUUUCAGAUGCUGGGAAUCAGUGCAGCACAACAAAGGGGUCUCCAGUCCGUUUGAUUACGCAGAAAUCGUCGCAGUUUCACUCCAAAGUUAAUGCGAGGCGUGCGUAAAAUACUUGUGCGUAAAGUUGGAGCUGUUGCGCACGUACCAGUGUUAGUUCUAGCGGAGCAGCGCGUAUAACAGACAGAUACUUUGCUAAAUAUCAAAUCUGUGCGACGUGUUAACACCUUGGCAGCCAUGGCAAGAUGGUUCAGAGAUUUCCCCAUCAACCUGAAGAACGGAAGCGAAAGGGUCCGCUCGGCCUCUGAAUCAGGUUCUCAAACUCGGACCAAACCUUCGUUUUCUCGAGACAGUUUGAAAGUUAAUCAACGCAAGGAUGGAGGAGUUGGGGGGUUGUUAGCGGGGAGAAACAGGAAGAAUUCGGCUACGGAAUUGGGUCGUAACAACGCUGGGUCUGGUGGGACCGUCUGGGAGAGUCUCACUUAUGGGAAAGGUCGCAAGAACUCCAAGAUCGAGGCCACGGGGACACCAGACGAGAACCGCCAGGUCAGGACCUCGAGUCUGGCGCAAGCGUACAUCAGCAGGAUGAUUAAAGUGGACAAACAAGACAAGACCCCCAAACUCAACGGGAUCAGUGAAAAGAAGCAGCCUGACCACGAGAAGAGGUCUGACAUCAAGACAACGCUGAUUAUCCUGGAGGACUACGCCGAUCCUUUCGAUGCAGAGAAAACCAGGGAGCAGAGGGAGGCUGAGAGAGCCGGAGUGAAUGAUGGGUACAUGGAGCCCUACGACGCCCAGGUCAUCAUUACAGAGGUCCGCAGACGUGGCUCCAAAGACCUCUUGAAAGUGUGUGUCCUGCUGGACCGCGGCCACAGAGAGAGGAAGGGAGAAGAGGGGAAGCCCUCGCCUCCAAACAUCUACGACACGCCAUAUGAGGGCGGACUGGAGGGUGAUAGUGAGGGGGUGUGGAUCCCUGUCACACGACCGGAGUCUGACGUCCGUCCCGCCGGAGAGUACGAACUGCCCUGGGAGUGGAGAAAGGAGGACAUUGUCAGAGCGCUGUCAGCUCAAUUCGAGGCAGUGGACUGUUCUCCCACUAAAGAGAACAGCUCUGCUUCCAGCCGCCAGCAGCAGCAGCAGCAGCAGCAGCAGCAGCAGCAGAUGCAGCAACAACACACCCUGAGACAGAAGAACUGGAACCAUAAAACCCUCAUCUCCUCUUCUCCGUCCUCCUCCUCUUCUCCCACCUUCCCCUCCUCCCCUAUCCUCAAACUUUCCCCUCUCACACCCCCGUCUCCCUCCUUCCCCACACUCAAACUCUCACCCUCAUCCAGCCCCAAUAAACCUUCACCUCCAUCCCCUACCUCCCUCAGUGCCCCACUGGAUGGGGAUGAAGCUAAAUUGGACCCCGGCCUGCCCCUGGAGAAGCAGAGCUGGUACCAUGGCAGUGUGAGUCGACAGCAGGCUGAGGCUCAGCUGCAGCGCUGCAGGGAAGCCAGCUUCCUGGUGAGGGACAGCGAAUCAGGAACCAGCAAGUACUCCAUUGCUCUGAAAACCAGUCAAAGUUGUGUGCACAUCAUUGUGGCCCAGACUAAGAGCAGCAAGGGCCUGGGCUACACACUGAAUCAGAGUAGCUGCAUCUUCUCCAGCAUCCCUGAGCUGGUUCAUCACUACUGCACACACAGACUGCCUUUCACUGGAGCCGAGCACAUGACCCUGCAGCAUCCUGUGCCCAGGCCGCACUGAACAUGCAUAAAAGGACAAACAGACACACUGGAACACACGCAUAAUAUGCACAGACACAAGCACAAGCACGUAUGACACAUUAAUGCACAACUUCACACAUAAUACAUGUGUACACAUACAUGCAUACAUGCAAAGAUGUGCUGUUUUGGAUUAAGAAGUUUUGUUUAAGGUCUCCCAAGUGCUACCUAGUGGUCAAAAUCAGAUACUACAAUAAAUACGUAUCACAUUAUUAUUGCUGACUGUUUCCAAUCUGAAAUAAACACACACACACACACACACACACACACACACACACACACACACCACCCUGUACGUAAAGUUACAGAAAAAAACAUCUCUUUUUCCUUAGUCUGCAAAAUGUUUUUGUCCAUUACUUAGACAGAUCGACUCUCUACCCUGUAAACGCAUUCAUUUGAGUAAUACCUGCACCGAUGCACAUGAAGCACGGCUCUUACUAUAGCCAAUAUAAUAGAAUGAGUAAAUGGAGACGAGGGCGUAUAACUUCCUCUCCAGAUGCCUCUACACAGAGGUGCUGACAUCAUCAAUUAGCGCCAUUCCAUCCUGUUAGGUCUUGGUCUGUGGGAUCGAUAGCCCUGAUUGGAGUAUAUUCAUUCAUCCAUCUGACACGUCAAUCAGCUUAUUGAUCUAUCCUGAAAAUCAGGCAGAUUUUCCAACCGCUCUGUCUGUCAAGAGAAAGAGCUGUAUUGAUUAGAUGAUUAGAACUGGUGUAGAGGGAGGGGUGAUGUAACAUUACUGUAUCCAGCAGGCAAAAUUGUUUUAGCGUGUGUCAGUGUGCAGAUAAGUGCACGGACAUUUGGCCCAUUUACUGGCCUUCAGUGUAAUCUGGAUAUGAAGAAUUUAUUAUUAAAAAGAUGUCUUAUUGUGAAUGCAUCCCAAAAAAAAUGUACCUGUUGUAUGUAUAAAUGAUGUAUGUAUGAUUGUUGGGUCGACCGCACAAUGAUGUGGGCCGUGUAUUGUUGUUGUAAAACAUUUAUUCAGUAAAUAAAACCAAAUUCAUAUUAA